CCCCGGCCGUCGCCCCGGCGACGGGGCAGAGCGGCCCGGCCGGGAGAGGCGGCGGGCGGAGCGGGGGGCUCGCCGGGGGCCGCCCGGUGGCACCGCCCGCAGCGCCGCGGAUCUAUGUGAGAAUGACCAUGUUCUUGUGUCUCUUAUACUUCAUAUCUGGAUCUCAAAGUAGCUGUAGUUUGGGGGAGACCAGUGAAUAUCCUGCUCCGUUAUGAGAAGCAUUCACCAACAUAAAGCAAUCUGGAAGAAGAUUUCUCUUAAGAAAAUCAAAGAGCAUAGAAUCCUUUAAUAAAGCAGAAGACACUGAGAAUUUCAUAAGCUUUUGGCUAUCCGAGUCUUAAAAGAAAUGAACCGUUACACAAUUAUGAAACAACUAGGUGAUGGCACCUAUGGCAGUGUGUUGAUGGGGAAGAGCAACGAGUCAGGAGAACUUGUGGCUAUCAAAAGAAUGAAAAGAAAGUUCUAUUCAUGGGAUGAAUGUAUGAAUUUGAGAGAAGUCAAGUCUCUGAAGAAGCUAAACCAUGCCAAUGUAAUAAAAUUGAAAGAAGUCAUACGAGAAAAUGACCACCUUUACUUUGUAUUUGAAUAUAUGAAGGAAAAUCUCUAUCAGUUAAUGAAGGAUAGAAACAAGUUGUUCCCUGAGUCAGUCAUCAGAAACAUGAUGUAUCAGAUAUUACAAGGGCUGGCUUUUAUCCACAAACAUGGAUUUUUUCAUAGAGAUAUGAAGCCUGAAAACCUUCUCUGUAUUGGGCCAGAACUUGUGAAAAUAGCGGACUUUGGUUUGGCUAGAGAACUAAGAUCUCAGCCACCUUACACAGAUUAUGUUUCUACCAGGUGGUACCGUGCUCCUGAAGUUUUGCUGAGAUCAUCUAUCUACAGCUCACCUAUUGAUAUGUGGGCAGUUGGCAGCAUAAUGGCUGAAUUAUACACACUAAGACCUCUUUUCCCAGGCACAAGUGAAGUAGAUGAAAUCUUCAAAAUUUGCCAAGUACUGGGGACUCCAAAGAAGAGUGACUGGCCAGAAGGAUACCACCUUGCUUCUGCCAUGAAUUUCCGUUUCCCACAAUGUGUCCCUAUAAGCCUAAAAACUCUCAUCCCAAAUGCAAGCAAUGAAGCAAUACAGCUUAUGAGUGACAUGCUAAACUGGAAUCCAAAGAAGAGGCCUACAGCAAGUCAGGCUUUGAAGUAUCCUUACUUUCAAGUUGGCCAAAUUUUAGGACCUCCUCCACAGUAUCUGGAGAAGCAGACUCCUAUUAAACCGGUUCAGCCAACAGAGCCAAAGCCAGCUUUUCCUAAACUGGAAGCUAUAUCCAAGCCAGAACCUCUGUCUUCACCUGAUUUACCUGACAAAACAGAGCCACAGCCCCUGCCAAAGGUUAACCACCAGCCUCUCCAGCAAAUUCAGUUGCCUCAGAAUACAGCUAACCAGCAAGUACCAAAACAGCAGCAGCCACAGGCACAACCAUUUUUUCCAAUUAUCAACAAAAAUUCAUCACCUAAACAAGCAGCUAGUGGCCCUCUGAAUGUUGCGCUAGGUCCUAAAAGCUGCAGAAGACGAUGGGGUCAGACUUUGGUAAAGGCUAUGGAUAGCUGGGAUGACUUGGAUGACCCUGAACUUGGAAUGUCAUGUUCAAAGAAGCCUAGCAUUGCAUUGUUAAAAGAAAAGAAAAACAAGGAAUUUAUUUUUAGUGUGCCAGAACCAAAGCCUUCAUGCUAUAUCCAGCCAGGAGCAGAAAAUAAGGUUCUGAUGAGAAAUGAUUCUGGAAGAUCAAAUACAUCAGCAAAACAGUACUAUCUAAGACAAUCAAGAUAUCUACCUGGAUGCCCAAAGGCUCAAGAGUUUAAGUCCAAAAGAAAAGAAAAAGAAAAAUAUAAAGGGCGAGGACCUUCCCUAUCUAAAGGUGUAAACCCAAAGAGUGUCUCUUUAGCAGCAGUCAAUAGAGAAGGAAUCCAAGGAACCUGGAACAACCAGUUGUUUUCUAAAUCGCUGGCACAUACUGGAGGAGGAUUGACUUUCAGGAGAAAUACUACAGAUGAGAACUUAAUUAUACCUAUUGAAAAGCUAUCAUGCAAAGAAAGGUUUAAUGAAAAAUUAGAAGAUCCAAAAGGGUUUUUUGAACUCACUACCUACCUCAAACAAUUCAACGACCUUAUCCUUUACGAAGAAUCAGGUGUGUGUUGUUUGAGAUGGGGGUAUGGCCUUGGCCACCCUUGUGGACAUCAUGGCAAUGAGUGCUUGCCUAUAAACCAGUUGCCAGACCUCCUGGGUGCCUGAUGGAUGAUUACUUCUCUAGCAAGAACCCUUUCCUCUCUAUGGCAGUAGUCAGAGGUAAGGAACUGUGCUUUUAAAUAGGAUGUUUUUAAAUUUGUAGCUAUUCUGUUAUUUUAUAUUGAACUUUUUUUUCUGCUUCCCUUGUUCUCAUCCAACAAAAGAUCACCCCUGCAGACCUCUCUGUUUCACCCAGACUGUUCAUCCUGGCUGCGCUUUUUCACUUCCUGCAGAAGAAUUCAUAAAGGACAUUGGACAUUGAGAGGUAAGGAGAACCAAAAAAAAUGGUUGAACAAUUUUUGACAGCUAUGCAGCUUUGCCGAGCUGUAGCAAAGAAGCAGAUAGAAGUAGUCUUUUUGAGGUUGUAUUAAUUGAGGCCUGUCAUGUUCUUAUUUUCAGACCUCAGAAUUUUAAGGAAUGUUAUUGAGUUCUCAGAUCUGAACUACUCCCAAUAGCUAGGAACUGGGGAAUAAGAGAAUGUGUGUGUAUAUAUCCACAAGCAGGUGAAUGAACCACUAAAACUGUGUUGUUUUGGUUUUCAGGCAAAUUCCUGAAAAGGAAGAACAACUUAGACUCUACAAGAAAGUUAAAUUUUAUUGGAAUACUUCAUUAAAGUUUUAUUUUUCACCA